AUGCGUUACUUCAUCACCGCCUCAAUCCUCGCCGCAGGCGCCCUAACCCAAUCAACAGAAGACUACCUGAAGUGCGCCAGCGCCGCCCUCAGCGACAUCGACACAUCAUCCUUCACCUCCUGCACAGACAAAACCUCCCAAGACUGCUUCUGCGCCAACAAAUCCGCAAUUGAAACCCUCACCUCAUCCGACCCCGCCUGCGCCGGCCUCGACCUAAGCACCCUAACCUCCACUCUCUGCGACAGCUCAAAGGAAACCACACCGGCCAGGCACGCAAGCAGACCUAUGCAACCGGCCAACAAGCGCGCCUUCGCACCCGAAGCCGCUGCUCCACGCGUCGUCUACGUGACCAAGACCCGCACUGACUGCAGCUGCAAGAGCACGUCUGUCGCCGAGAGACCCAUGCAUGUCUCCCAGAUCCCUGUCGAUAUCCCGGCUUCCAGUAGUAUGGCUUCUAUGGUGGCGGUGUCGACGCCCGCUGGUCGUGAGCAUGGAUUGAUGGGUGGUGCGGCUUCGUCGUCUGCGCUGUUUGGCCCGCAGGCUUCUGGCGCCACGCCUUCGGCUGUGCCUUCUGGUGUUGAUCCGACUCGCUUCUCGCCUUUCCAGGGGGCAGCGGCUGCGGGUGUUUCGGUUCAUGGGGGUGUUGCCAUGCUCGGGGUUGCGGCUGUUAUGGCUGUUAUGGUUGCUUUGUAA